UUUGCGGCAUUCGAAAUAAGUCAGCGUACCAGGUAAAACCUCCGAAUCGUUUAGAAAUAUUUCAAAAGUAUACAUACUAAUUUUUCUUCAGGAUUUCAACAUACAACAUUUUUUUCCAUUGUAAUGGCGCUAUCGGUCCGGUGGACGUUGAUGAUAACGUCGGUGGCAUUUUCAGUGGCGGUAGCAUCGAAGCCAGAAGAAGUAAGGCGACGUGCGGCAGUGGACAAGCGACAAGCGCCCACGGAAGGCGAUUUUGCCGACAGGUCGUCGGACGGAUCGUACGCGUUCCGGUACGCCGACAGAAACCAGUUCCACUCGGCCGCUGCCAGUAAGGACAACGUCGUCUCCGGAAGGUUUGGCUCAAGAAGUCCCGAAACCGGACGAAUCGUGCAAACGUCUUAUUCGUCCGGUCCCCGUGGUUUUCGCGCCCGUGGACCGGAUAUUGCGAGACAAACAGAUCUGUCGCAAGUCCGUUUACCUUACAACCCACCCGUGCCCACUGAUUCUUCUAAAUACGACCCAGCCUAUGACCGAUAUUACGACCCAAACGAAGACCCGAGCUACAAAUUCACCGUCCGGACGCCCACACAGUCAAAAUCCGAAACCGCCGAUUCCAGGGGCCACGUCGAAGGCGCAUAUUCGUACUUAGACGAUGUCGGCAAGAGACACGACGUGCAGUACGAGGCGGGAGCCGGUACCGGAUUUCACGUCAAAUCUGCGCACCCAGAUUCGGACACGUAUGGAGGUGUGUUCUACAGCGGCCCGCCCGGCAAGCCCGGCGGCCGGCCACGCGGCCACUCGUCCGUCGUGCUGGGCAAGGACGGCUCGUACGGUUUCACUGCGUCCGGGCCAGACCAGCGGCGGUCCGAGGUGAGCGACUCCAGUGGCCGCGUGCAGGGCUCGUACACUUAUGUGGACGACAAGGGCGUGCAGCGGACGGUGCAGUACGUGGCCGGGCCCAACAUCGGGUACCGGGUGAUCAACAACGCUGCGGCCGGCGGCGCGGCCGCGGCCCCAUCGCUGCCGGUCAACAGUGUCGUUGUCGGCGGCGUCGGCGGCUUGGUGGUGCCCGUGACGCCGUCCGCGUUGCCCCCGCUGUCGUUGAUCUCGUCGUCGUCGUCGUCGACGCCGCUGUCGCCAAUCUCUUUCGAGCCACAGGACCUGUUCGGGCCCGUGUCCAGCACGUCCGCACCGCUUCCGGACCGCCGGCGGCCCGAGUCGCCGGUCAAAGGCUUCGGUGGCGGCCUGCCCGACGAAUUUCUGUCGCCGGACAGCACGCUUCCGCUCGGCUCGGCGUUCCCGGAGGACGAUCCCGCGCUGCCGCCCAAAAAAUGGCCCACCACGUACAAGAACAAAGACGAAGAAUCGUUCUUCCAGUCGUUCGAGAAGUUCGACAAGCGGAAGGAACAACAACACGGCCCGCCGAAGAGGGGAGGGUACCACGCGGUGCCGGCGGACGCGGCGUCUUCCUACGGCCAGCCGACGACCGGCGCGUACGGCCUGGUGCAGUCGUCUACCGGCAGGCCGAUCGGGCCGCCGCCGGACACGUCGUACGGCCAACCGUCCCGGCCGAUAGUGGUGGACGACAAGUACGGCCAGUAUGGCGGCACCGACUAUCAGAAACCCAAAGACGACGGCGGCUCGAGCGCUUUCGGCGGAUUCCCGACCGGCGCCGUGGUCAAGGCCCACGUCCAGAGUUUGGACAUACUGCCGUUCGGGUACAGGGUGCCGUCGCCGUCGUACGUUUUCGAAAAGCAGUUUGGCAACGGUGCGGACGAUCUGAAUUCGAUCAAGAAGUAAAACGGAUAUUGCGGACGGUUUUCCGCGGUAGUCGGACGGGUAAUACACGCGUAGUUGGCAAUAUUGUGUUUAGUGAUGUAUAAGUUCCUCGCCAUGAAAUUAAGAUUUAUUGUUUUUCAAACGGCGUGUACACUGUUCUUAGUUUCUGGCGAUAUCGUACACGAUUGAACGAUUGACUAUUAUCGACAUAAUAUUAUAUUAUUGAUUGACCCGUGUCAUAGUAUAUUGCUAGCUUACUGUUACGAAAGUAUAUAUAAUAUACAAUAUAUCAGUUAAAUAUAGUGUAUUAUAUUAUUUUUUUUUUUGCAUACGAUUGUAUAAUAUGUCAUAGUUUUAUUAUUGAUCAUAAUUAGAUUAUAAGGACGAAUAAAUUAUAAUGGUAUACUUUAAGAAGGCCACUCGUCGUAGCUCGUAUACAUAGUAAUUAGCAAUUAGUAAUUAGAUAGGUACUAGUAUAAUAAACGUGCACUAAACUUUAAUAUAUAUAUAUAUGCUAUACAUAAAAUGUAUUUUUUAAUGAAUUAUAACGUAGAUUGUGUA